AACAUUAAAAACCUAUUCAUUUUAAAAAUUAAGAAUGAACUUAUAAUGAAUUUAGGCUUACUUUUAGCUGAUUGAAACAUAAAUUACUUAGAAAGAUGGCAGAAUUAAAAAUAAACUUACGCUUCGGUGGCGGUGCCGAAUUACUGUUUGACAAAAUAAAAAGGCGGGAAAUAGAAUUACCGCCACUGAAGAAAUGCUAUCCAGACUUGGAGCAAGACAGUUGGAGGAUACGAGAAUUAUUAAUUUGGAUAAAAGAUAAUCUAUUGAGGGAAAGGCCGGAACUGUUUUUGCAGGGUGACUCUGUCCGGCCUGGUAUCCUAGUUCUGAUCAAUGAUGCAGAUUGGGAGCUGUUAGGAGAGCUAGAUUACCAGAUACAGCCGGGAGACACGAUUAUGUUUAUAUCUACAUUGCAUGGAGGUUAAUAUAAAAAAAUAAGGAUCCAUUAGCUAAGUUAAUAAUAUAUGUUAUUUUUUUACAAUGAAACUGUGCUUCAACCCCUCUUUUAUACAGUGUUAAGGUAUUAAAAUAUACAAAU